AACCGUAAGAUAGAACCAAUCCGACGGUCCACAAUUCUCCUAACCCCUAUAUCUUUCCUCGUCUCACAGUCUGAGCUUGUGCUCUACUCGUGCCGUUCUGCUAGGGCUUCGCAUUUCAUUCUCUCUCACAUUUCUCAGUUUCUCAGUCUCUGUUUCAGAAGAAGCAUCAGCUAUGGGGAAGUGCUAUCCAACUGUGAGCGAAGAGUACAAGAAGGCUAUUGACAAAGCCAAGAGGAAGCUCAGAGGCUUCAUCGCUGAGAAGAACUGUGCUCCAUUGAUGCUCCGUCUCGCAUGGCACUCUGCAGGUACUUAUGAUGUGAACAGCAAGACCGGAGGUCCGUUCGGGACAAUGAGGCACAAGCUUGAGCAAGGUCACGAAGCCAACAAUGGCCUUGAGAUUGCUGUCGGGCUCUUGGAGCCUCUCAAGGAACAGUUCCCAAUACUCUCUUACGGCGACUUCUAUCAGUUGGCUGGAGUUGUUGCCGUUGAAAUUACGGGAGGACCUGAUGUUCCAUUCCAUCCAGGACGGGAGGACAAACCUGAACCACCAAUUGAAGGCCGUCUUCCUGAUGCUGCUAAGGGAUGUGACCAUUUGAGGGAUGUGUUUGUUAAACACAUGGGCCUCAGUGACAAAGACAUUGUUGUUCUCUCUGGUGGCCAUACACUGGGAAGGUGCCACAAGGAGCGUUCUGGAUUUGAUGGAGCCUGGACUACCAAUCCACUCAUCUUUGAUAACACCUACUUCACAGAACUCCUCACUGGAGAGAAGGAAGGCCUUCUACAGCUGCCAUCUGAUAAGGCUCUUCUUAACGAUCCUGCUUUCCGCCCUCUUGUUGAGAAAUAUGCUGCGGAUGAGGAUGCUUUCUUUGCAGAUUAUGCAGAAGCUCACAUGAAACUCUCUGAACUGGGGUUUGCUGAAGCCUAAACUGUUGGACAGGACAGAAGGGAAUGGGAACAGUGGACCUUCUCUCCUGAUCUUUGUUUUAAUUUUUUUGGUUAUGCAUAACUUGCUUCUUAGGCAGUUGAUGGUUGGUAAAUUGUUAGCUUUUUGAUUUUUUGUUGGAUAUGGUGAAUUGAAAGUUUGGUGGUAGCAAACGGUUAUAAUGGUGAUCUUAAAUAUCCCAUUCAAUAAACUUGUUUGAAAAUUUGCCUGUGUCCACGAUAA